AUGGGAGUACUACUGAUCUCGAAGCUUUUGCAAUUAAUCUCAUUCAUUGGAGUGAUAUUGCUUGCGAUGGUGGCAGCAUCGGCAGCUCAAGCUAAGCCUGGCUGCGACAACUCUUGUGGGGGUGUAGAAAUUCCAUAUCCAUUUGGCUUGAGGGAAGGAUGUUACUUGGACAAGAUGUUCAAUAUCAGUUGUGAUGAAGAUGAUGCAAUUAUAGGGGUCAACGUCCGUGUUACAAACAUAUCCAUUGAGGCUCAUGAAAUGCAUGUCAUGGCACUUGAAGCCCGAGACUGUUACAAUGAGUCGGGUUCCAUUGAAUUCAAUAAUUCAACCCGGUUUCGGGCAGGCAAGUUCACCAUUUCUACAACCAAAAAUCAGUUCACUGUUCUUGGCUGUGACACUACGGGCAUUAUUCGAUGGAAGAAAAAUGAAAAAAUAUACUCGACAGGGUGCAGAUCUCGAUGUAAUGACCUAAGCACAGCGGUCAACGGGUCUUGCUCUGGCGUUGGGUGUUGCAACGUAGAGUUUCCAGAUGGCUUGGGAAAUUAUAAUGUUAGUGUGUCCAGCUUUAAAAAUCACACAAACGUAUGGAACUUCAAUCCUUGCAGCUAUGCUUUUAUCGUCGAAAAAGGAAAGUUCAACUUCUCUACGGAUUACCUUCAGAAACGGGAACAGGAAAGGCGUCCAAUGGUGCUUGAUUGGGCAAUUGGAAGCGAGACAUGUGAAGAAGCUCGAAGUAAACCGGAUUUCGCGUGUCAUGAGGCCGAUCAGAAAAGUAAAUGCUAUGACCCAGAAACAAGGUCGGGGUACCAGUGCAAGUGUAAGCCGGGUUACCAAGGGAACCCCUACCUCCGUGAUGGUUGCCAAGGUGCUGGAGUAAGCUUUAUUUGUAUGCUUGUGUUUACCUCUUGGAUGUACUUCGUAUACAAGAAAAGAAAGAUAAUGAAGCUCAGAGAAAAGUUCUUUCAACAGAAUGGAGGCUUGAUUUUAGAACAACGACUCGGCAAACAAGAAGGAUCUACAGAAACACUCAAAAUCUUUACCGUUGAACAGUUGCAGAAGGCUACCAAAAACUAUGAUGAGAGCAGGAUAAUUGGCCGAGGAGGUUUUGGUACGGUUUACAAAGGUUUUUUACCAGAUAAUAAGAUUGUUGCCAUCAAGAAGUCCAAGAUAGAGGAUGAAAACCAAAUUGAGCAAUUCAUCAACGAGGUUGUUGUGCUCUCCCAAAUUAAUCAUAGGCACAUUGUCAAACUCUUGGGAUGUUGUUUAGAGACACAAGUUCCAUUGCUUGUCUAUGAAUUUGUCCCAAACGGUACCCUUUUUAAGCACAUUCAUCAGGAAAGCAAUGCAUCCACAUUUCCAUGGGAAACCCGCUUGAGGAUAGCUGCAGAAACAGCUGAGGCACUAUGGUAUCUACACUCUGCAGCCUCAAUACCUAUAAUUCACCGGGAUGUAAAAUCAACAAAUAUAUUGCUUGAUGAUGAUUUCAAUGCAAAAGUCUCUGACUUUGGAACUUCAAGAUUGGUUCCAAGAGAUCAAACGCAACUAGCCACUGUGGUGCAGGGAACUCUUGGAUACUUGGAUCCUGAAUACUUACAAACAAACCAAUUGACAGAGAAAAGUGAUGUCUAUAGCUUUGGAGUGGUGCUCGUGGAACUACUUACAGGAAAGGAGGCACUUUCAUUUGCUAGGACCGAGGAGCAAAGAAGUCUAGCCAUGUAUUUCAUUUCUUCCAUGAAAGAGGAAAGAUUGUUUGAAAUUCUUGAAAAUCACAUAGUUGCAGAAGGAAAUAAGGAGCAGAUCCAACAGUUUGUGGAGCUUGCAAGGAGCUGCUUAGCAGUAAAAGGGGAGGAGAGGCCUACAAUGAAGGAAGUAGCAAUGGAAGUAGAAGGAAUAAGAAAGAUGCAAAAGCAUCCCUGGGUUAACUUGGAAGCAAAUUCGGAAGAGGUCGAACACUUGCUUGGUGAGACAUGCAGGGCUUACCCCCCCCCUCUGGAAAAUAGCAGUACUAUAACUAUUGGAUAUCAUCAUAGCAUGAAUGACCAUGCAACAUACCCCUUGGGAGAUGGAAGAUGA